GGCGGAGGCAGCGGCGGGCGGCCGGGCUGCUCGCUCCGCUCCGGCCAUGGCCUUCCGCCGGCGGGCCAAGAGCUACCCGCUCUUCAGCCAGGAGUUCCUGAUCCACAACCACGCGGACAUCGGCUUCUGCCUGGUGCUCUGCGUGCUCAUCGCGCUCAUGUUCGAGGCGACAGCCAAGACUGCCUUCCUAUUCAUCUUACCUCAGUAUAACAUUACCGUGCCUACAGCAGACGGCGAGCUAGUUCACUACCGCUACGGGCUAAAGGACUUGAUCACCAUCCUCUUCUACGUCUUCAUAGCAAUCAUCCUGCAUAUGGUGUUGCAGGACUACGUCCUCGAUAAAAUCAACAGGCGGCUCCACCUCUCCAAGGUCAAACACAGCAAGUUCAACGAAUCAGGGCAGCUGGUAGCGUUCCAUCUCACCUCCAUGAUCUGGUGCUUGUAUGUAGUGGUGACGGAAGGAUACUUGUCAAACCCGAGAAGCUGGUGGGAAAACUACCCUCAUGUUUUUCUCCCGUUCCAGGUGAAGUUUUUCUACCUUUGCCAGCUGGCCUACUGGCUGCAUGCACUGCCUGAGCUGUACUUCCAGAAGGUGCGCAAGGAGGAGAUUCCUCGUCACCUGCGGUACAUCAGCUUCUACCUGAUGCAUAUAGCUGGAGCAUACCUCUUAAACCUAACCCGCCUGGGGCUCAUCCUCUUGCUGCUGCAGUACUUCGCUGAAUUCCUCUUCCACAUGGCCCGUCUCUUCUACUUCACGGAUGAGAACAACGAGAAGCUGUUUAAUGCCUGGGCAGUGGUGUUCGUGGUCACCCGGCUCUUCACCCUCACCCUUUCUGUGCUGGUCAUUGGCUUUGGGCUGGAUCGGGUGGAGAACCAGGAGUUCAACAUAGAGAAAGGAAACUUCAGCACUCUGUCUUCCAGGAUGUUUGUGCUGUCCCUGGUGUGCCUCUUCCAGGCCUGGCUGAUGUGGCACUUCAUCCGGUUCCAGCUGCGGCGCUGGCGGGAGUACCGGAACGAGCAGAGCGCCAGGCAGAGAGCCGCCGCCCUCACCAAACAGCAGUCCAAGCCCGUCAAGAGGGAGUCGGGUUACCAUGAAAACGGAGUGGUGAAAGCUGAGAACGGAACCUCCCCACGCACCAAGAAGCUCAAGUCUCCAUAGAGCUGAAGGCUCCUCUGCCGGGGAGGAGGGCAAGAGACCAGGACUAAGCCCCAGCCCCUCCCUCGGCCUCCCAGGUGCUGAAUGGCUUGGAAACGUCUCAUCUUCCCAAGGUCUCUUCCCCCUUCCCCCCUCCCCAAACCAUUUGCAAUAAAACCAAAAAAACCUUGCUCCGUCA